CAGAAGCCACCAGGGGGGAAAAAACAACAGCGCGCGCUACAUUUUGCGCGCGAACGGGUCACAUUUUCAGUUUCGUAUUUACGCAGGACUUCAUUAGGGCGCGCGCGUGCUCGCAUUCACACACACACACACACACACACACACACACACUCAUACACACACACUCAUAUACACACACACACAGUCAUACACACACACUCAUACACACACACACAGUCAUACACACACACUCAUACACACACACACACCGCGGCGUCGCUCUCUCUCUGCAUCCUCGGAGGCGCUGGAUGGGUUUUUGCUCUGUUGACCUUCACACGGGAUCUUUGGGUUUGAACAGAGAGAGGGAGAGACCGGAGGAGGAGGAGGAGGAGAAGUGUGUUGUAGUGAGCUGAGUGUGUGAGGUGGUGUUUUUUAUUUUUUUUCCAUUCCCGGGCCUUCUCUCUCUCUCUCUCUCUCUCUCUCUCUCAUUAUUUAUUUCCGUUAUUGAUGGUGGGAGAUUUCCGCGCGUGCACGAAUCGCGUGGUGACAUUUGUGACAUUCCGUGUGUGUUCCGAGCGCGCGCCAUGGCCCGGCCGCGACCCCGCGACUAUAAAGCAGGAGACCUGGUGUUCGCCAAGAUGAAGGGAUACCCGCACUGGCCCGCGAGGAUUGAUGAGCUGCCAGAGGGAGCAGUGAAGCCUCCUGCUAAUAAAUAUCCCAUCUUCUUCUUUGGCACCCAUGAGACUGCAUUCCUUGGCCCUAAAGACCUGCUGCCAUAUAAAGAGUAUAAAGAAAAAUUCGGCAAGUCGAAUAAGAGGAAAGGCUUCAAUGAGGGACUGUGGGAGAUCGAGAACAACCCCGGGGUCAAGUUCACCGGCUACCAGAGCGUGCAGCAGCAGAGCUGGUCAGAGGGGGAGGGGGCCGAUGCAGCAGAUGGCAGUAGUGAGGGAGAGGAAGGAGAAUCCAUCGGCGAGGAAGAGGAAGGAAAGUUGAAGGGCGAAAAGGUUGGAUCCAAACGGAAAAAGACAGCGUCCUCAAAGAAGUCGAAGCUAUCCAGGAAGUGCUCGGCUGAGGAGGAAGAGAAGGACGGGAAAGAAGACGAGGAGAAGAGAGACAACGAUAAUGACCUGCAGAACUCAGACAAGAAGACGUGCUGUCCAGGGCAGAACCAGCUGCUGCGAGAGGAACAUUAGAUCUUGAAGAACAUCUGAUCAUGUUGUGGUUUGUUCUGUGAUGUUGGAAAUGUAACUCGCUUUGACAUCAUCUAAAUAAAUAAAUAAACAUUAUGUUACUAUAAAAUCACCAAUCAGUAAACAAUAUUAAAGCCACAAGUACAGAGAAAUUCAUCCACGUCUCAUCAGCAGAGCCAUGCUGAAGCUAAAGCACGUAAAAUUAAAGGGGCAGUAAGUCAUAUUCUCGAUUACAGGUGCAGGUUAUAAAGUGCUACAGUGGAUUCGAUUUAGUUGUGUUUGAAAAUGGUUUUGAUGUUCCAGUGUUCAAGAGUCUGAAAUGUUGCUUACUGCCCCUUUAAUGUGCAGUGUCAAUGAACACUUUAUCAGAUGUAAUAUAGUCAUCAGUUUAGCGUAAUGUUCUAGCUGUAGCUGUUAUAGCUGGAGUGUUCACCUGGAAACCAGCCCACUCUCUCCUUAAACCCUCUGACCUUUCACCCUGAACCUUGACUUUUUACACUAAACCCUGAUCUUUGACCUUUCACCUCAGUGUUUCCUCUCAUCAACCCUGACUGUUUAACCCAACCCCACCCUUUCACCCUCACCUGACUGAACCUCGACCCUUCAGCAUAACACUGGUCAUUUGUUGCUGCCUUUCUGUAAGCUUUUACUUUAAUGCUACCUUGUAAGUGUAAGAUCUGACCUUUGACCCUAACCCUGACCUUUCAACCCAGCCUUUUUUCUUGCUAACUCUUUGGUUUGACCUUAACCUCGAACAAACCCCUAGUCGUUUGCUCUAAGCCCUAAUCCUAUUUUUCUUCAUUAUCUCUGACCUCUGUUUGUAACCUUUGUCCUAACACUACCCUUUAAACCUAAACUCUCACCUUUGACCCUAGCCUUGACCUUUUACUUUAAACCCUGACCUCUUUCUGAAAGACAUCUUUCUUUUAUUUUAAAACUUUGACCAUUGCCCUGAUUUUUCAACCAAGCUUUUUACCACAGUCUUGACUUUUUUUUUGGCUAACUCUAACCUUUGACCUUAACCUUGACCUUUCAUCUUUUACCUUAAACCCUAAUCUCUGACCCAAGCCUUGACCUUUCUCCUUAAACCUUGACUUUUCUGUGUAACAUACAUGAAAUUUCCCUAACCCUAUCCCAAUACCUAAUUCUGACCUUUCACCCCAGGGUUUUACCCUAAACCUUUAUCAUUCCCACUUACCCUACCCUUUGAGCUUUCACCUUAAUUUCAUGACCCUUUUUAACCCAAACUCUGUUAUUUCACUCCCUAAUCUUUCUUUGCACUCUAUACUCUCUUUUUUGACCUUUGACCCUGCCCAUGCCGUGUGUGUAAGCCCGUGACAGACCGACAGAGAGAGUGAUCGGUAUAAAUAGUGGUUUUGAGUCGCAUACUGUUGAUGGUUUGAGUUCAUGUUGCUGUAGAAUUCGGGACCACGCUAAAGGAUAAAUACUCGUAUGUUUUUUGCUUUGUUUUUUUUUUUAGUUUUUUUUUUAUAAAUAAAGUGAAUUCUGGUUCCUGUGUCCGUGCGCUUGCUUGUUUCUUAGCUCUUUAGUGGCAUGCUGUCUGUCCUAUUAAUUCUGUAAAAUAGAAGUCAUUCGGAGAUUAGCGCUGAGUCCGAGGCAGGAAGUGUCUCCUAACGUAUAGCACUUCAUGACAUCAUCACUGAACAGAAGACGCUCUUUUACUUCCUGAUCUGUGUUUAUAUAAAGAAUAUAUUCUAUUUAUUUUUGAUGAUGGUAGAUGACACAUCUGUGGUAAGUGUUAGCGCAUUUGCACGUCCUGAUUUAGUCACAUGACACGCGUUUCUGCAUCAGCAUGGGUGGAGCUUAAAGUGAACUAUGGCAUCAUUAGGGAGCCUGCUGAUAAACACAGCCAACCUCCUGUUAUAUUCCAUAACUACACUCGAGUGUUAAGCCAAAGAAUUAAAAAAAAAAUCAUUAGGUGAUGUCACAACACAAUCGAAUCCACUGAUUGGCUGAUGGGAUUUACCAGAAGCCCCGCCCCUUGUUAACUCAAACAUGUCUGUCAGUGAGUAAAAUCAGGACGUCAAGAUCAUCAGUGUAGAUCUUUUGCCCCUCCUUAUCUUUGUUAUGCUUGUUACAGUUCUAUCUUACAUUUUCAACGUUUGUAGUUCACUGUAAACUGUUUUUCCUGUUUAUUCACAAGACUUUUACAGAAUAAAUUGUUGGAAUGCA